AUGCAGAUCAAACACCUCUUGAUCAACCUUUUUGCCCUGGCCGUCACGGUCAAGGCUCUCCCUGAAGCCGGCAAUGACUUCGGUCUAGACGUUCGGGAUGAUGCCGACCUAGUCGAGCGCAACAACUACUGCCCCCCUGGUACCAAGGAGGAGUAUGGCAAGUGUGUGCCUGACCAUCCCAAGUGCGAUAAGCCCAAGUACUGGAACGAGCACUCCAAGAAGUGUGAGUGUCCAAAGGGCACCGAGUGGAACUACGGAAAGUGUAUUCCCAAGUGUACCAAUGGAAAGUACUACGACAACCACCAGGGCAAGUGUGUCUGCCCUAAGGGUACUGUCGAGGAGUACGGAAAGUGCGCUCCCAAGUGCCACGCGCCUCAAGUCUACAACAAGCACAACGACAAAUGCGAAUGCCCCGAGGGUUACUCCUUCAAGUACGGCAAGUGCGUGAAGAACUGCCCCAAGGGACAAUCUUACAACGAGCACAGCCAUCAGUGCGAGUGCCCCAAGGGAACUGAGUGGAACUACGGAAAGUGCAUCAAGGUUUGCCCCGAGGGACAAUACUACAACCGCCACAGCGACAAGUGCGAAUGCAACAAGGGCAGUGAGUGGAAGUACGGUAGCUGCGUUCCCAUCUGCCCCAAGGGACAGACUUACAAUAAGUGGCACAAGAAGUGUGAAUGUCCCGAGGGAUACUCAUUCAAGUACGGAAAGUGUGUGAAGGACUGCCCCGAGGGACAAUCCUACAACGAGCACAGCCACCAGUGCGAGUGCCCCAAGGGAACUGAGUGGAAGUAUGGAAAGUGUAUCCCCAAGUGCUACAACGGCCAGUACUUCGACAAGGACCAGCACAAGUGCGUCUGCCCCAAGGGCAAGGUCUUUGAGUAUGGAAAGUGUGUCUGCCCCGAGAACCAGGUUGAGAAGUACGGCAAGUGUGUUUGCAAGGACGGCUUCAAGUUUGAGUAUGGAAAGUGUGUCCCCCAGUGCCCCAAGGGACAGACCUAUGAGCACGGCAAGUGUGUCUGCCCUGCUGGCAAGACCUACAACAAGUGGCACAAGAAGUGUGAGUGCCCCGAGGACAAGGUUGAGGCCUACGGCAAGUGUGUCUGCCCCAAGGGUCAGAUCGAGAGCUACGGAAAGUGUUCUUGUCCCAAGGGCCAGUACUACGACCGCUGGUCCAAGAGCUGCAAGUGCCCCAAGGAUCUGACCUGGGACGGCCACAAGUGCGCUUACGACUGCGGCAAGUACGCUGAGUACAAGUAUGGCGGCUGUGUCUGCAAGAAGCACGACCAGGUCUUCAACAAGAAGGACAAGACCUGCAGCUGCAAGGAGGGCUACUACUGGGAUCAGCACAAGGGUGCUUGCAAGAAGGGUGGCUACAAGCCAUACUAA